AUGCCCAUCUUGGACAGCUCAUGUGGGGAGGACAUGGAUGCAAGUGAUCCUGAGAUCGAGGAUGAGCUCAUUCCUCCCUCAAAGAGGAUCACUAUGAUGGAGAAUAACAUGAUGUCCAGAUAUGCAUCUGAAUUCCAUGAGCUGGAGAAGAUUGGUUCUGGAGAGUUUGGUUCUGUUUUCAAAUGUGUCAAGCGGUUGGACGGCUGUAUCUAUGCCAUCAAGCGUUCUAAAAAGCCCCUGGCAGGCUCUGUGGAUGAGCAAAAUGCACUUCGUGAGGUAUAUGCACAUGCAGUUCUUGGACAGCACCCCCACGUCGUGAGGUAUUAUUCUGCUUGGGCAGAAGAUGACCACAUGCUGAUCCAGAACGAGUACUGCAAUGGAGGAACCCUGUUUGAUGUUAUUGCUGAGAACAAUAGACUCUUACACUUCCUGUCUGAGAUGGAGCUGAAGGAUCUGCUGUUGCAAGUCUCUCGUGGACUCAAGUAUAUUCACUCUACAGCACUUGUUCACAUGGAUAUCAAGCCAAGCAAUAUAUUCAUUUCACGCAAACCUGCUGCCACUGUAGAGGAAUUUGAAGACGAAGAAGAUGGUCCCAUCACAAGAGUAGUGUACAAAAUAGGUGAUCUAGGUCAUGUUACAACGGUUACUAAUCCACAAGUUGAAGAAGGUGACAGCAGAUACCUGGCAAAUGAAGUUCUUCAAGAGGACUACAGUAAUCUGAAAAAGGCGGACAUAUUUGCCCUGGCUCUGACUGUAGUCAGUGCCUCUGGAGCAGAGCCCCCUCCCACCAAUGGAGAAAAGUGGCAUAAAAUCCGACAGGGCAUCCUGCCCCAUAUCCCACAAGUGCUUUCUCAGGAAUUUUUAAGCUUAUUAAAGCUUAUGAUCCAUCCUGACCCGACACGGCGACCCUCAACCUCUGACCUCAUCAGACAUCCCGUUCUUCUGACUGCUUCCAGAAUGAGUGCUGACCAGCUGCGUGUAGAGCUCAACGCUGAGAGAUUCAAGAACGCACUUCUGCAGAAGGAGCUAAAGAAAGCUCAGAUGGCAAAGGCUGCAGCAGAAGAGAGGGUUCUGUCCACAGACCGUGUUCUUACACGUGCCACAGUCCAAUCCAGCUCCAGAACUUCUCGGCUCAUUGGGAAAAAGAUGAACCGUUCCGUUAGUCUCACCAUUUACUGAACUGAACCCCAGAUUAAGGAGAUGACCAGUUCUAAGUGGGAACUACAGUGGUGCUUAUCAAAGACUUGGGAACACAGACAGUUUUGUCUGUAGCCAGAAGGAUGACACAGACUGUUUUGUGACUUAUAGUGCUUAUACUGUUUGGUACAAGUACCAUUGUCUUUACUGAAGCUUGGGUCCUUCUGCAUUGUAUUGGCACUCUGAUAACAUAAUGCAGAUCUGCAUAACCAUUUAGGUUUGCCUUCUCAAAAUCUCUUGACAGAAUUGCCUGGAGAUAGACACAUUUUUAGUAUAGUUCUGUCUUCCUAAUCUUUGCUUUAAGUUCCGUAGGUAAGGAUCAAAAUGGUCUCCCUGCACUUGCUUUCUCAGAGGUGCAGUGUUGCCAAAUGGGAGAUGUGUGCCCCUAUUGAGCCCUGAUAUGUGAAUGUACCAGAUCAAAGAUUUGUGCACCUUACUGCCUGUGAAAAAUGCCUGUUGGGCCACAGAAGUUGGGGCUUGAGUUAGAUUGCCAUUUAAAUGAGCACUUUGGAGGCAAUGGUGAGCUUGCCACAGAAAACCUGCUGCUAUUCAUGUUCGUCUGUAUCCAGUUAGGGUUGGAAGAUUUUUUUCCUUUACUUCUAAAUCAUUUUAUCCAUCCAAACAAUAUUUCAUAAUCUCAUCAUCAUAAUAGUGUUUGCUCCAGUAACUUUUUUUUAUUUUGCAGAUUUAAAAUUCUCCCCUUUUUUUUUUUUUGCUUUGCUUUGUCAAAUCUUGAAUUUAACCAUGUGACAGACCAUGCUUAAAACUGGAAGCAAAUGAUGAUUUAAAUGUACACAUGCCAUCUAAAUCUCCAACCCUGUUUGUAGCAUUAAAACAAUCUUUGUCCAGUUCAUCUGAUGUCCUUAGUUAAUAAUGUAUAAUUCUGACUUUUGUGUUACUUCGACUACAUUGAUGGGGUACUGUUUAGAUUAUUUGGUCUUGUUAAUCCUAAAAAACUUCAUUUUGUCUGUAAAUACGUUCAUUUUAAUAAACUGU